AUGGCCCUCAGAGAGCAACCAAGUGGAUUGAUCGGUGGGGAGGAACCGCCCUCAAGGUGCCACCACGCCAUCAAGUGUCAAGGCCACGCCCUCAAGUGCCACCACGCCAUCAAGUGUCACCACGCCCUCAAGUGUCACCACGCCCUCAAGUGCCACCACGCCCUCAAGUGCCACCACGCCAUCAAGUGUCACCACGCCAUCAAGUGUCACCACGCCCUCAAGUGCCACCACGCCCUCAAGUGCCACCACGCCAUCAAGUGUCACCACGCCCUCAAGUGCCACCACGCCCUCAAGUGCCACCACGCCCUCAAGUGCCACCACGCCCUCAAGUGCCACCACGCCAUCAAGUGUCACCACGCCCUCAAGUGCCACCACGCCAUCAAGUGUCACCACGCCCUCAAGUGUCACCACGCCCUCAAGUGUCACCACGCCCUCAAGUGUCACCCACGCCAUCACGUCCUCAAUUGCCACCACGCCCUCAAGUGUCACCACGCCCUCAAGUGCCACCACGCCCUCAAGUGUCACCACGCCCUCAAGUGCCACCACGCCCUCAAGUGUCACCACGCCCUCAAGUACCACCACGCCCUCAAGUGCCACCACGCCCUCAAGUGCCACCACGCCCUCAAGUGUCACCACGCCCUCAAGUGCCACCACGCCCUCAAGUGUCACCACGCCCUCAAGUGCCACCACGCCCUCAAGUGUCACCACGCCCUCAAGUACCACCACGCCCUCAAGUGCCACCAAGCCCUCAAGUGUCACCACGCCCUCAAGUGUCACCACGCCCUCAAGUGUCACCACGCCCUCAAGUGCCACCACGCCCUCAAGUGUCACCACGCCCUCAAGUGCCACCACGCCCUAAAGUGUCACCACGCCCUCAAGUGCCACCACGUCGUCAAGUGCCACCACGCCCUCAAGUGUCACCACGCCCUCAAGUGCCAUCACGUCCUCAAGUGCCACCACGCCCUCAAGUGUCACCACGCCCUCAAGUGCCACCACGCCCUCAAGUGCCACCACGCCCUCAAGUGCCACCACGCCCUCAAGUGUCACCACGCCCUCAAGUGCCAUCACGUCCUCAAGUGCCACCACGCCCUAAAGUGUCACCACGCCCUCAAGUGCCACCACGCCCUCAAGUGCCAUCAAGCCCUCAAAUGCGGAAGAAAUGCGGAAAAAAUGGCACUACGGCAUCACGGACUGAGGACGGACUCGGGUGCGGACUUCCGGACCAGAUGGUCAUGA